AUGGCCACCAAAGCCGCCUUCAAGCGUCUCACUCGGGAAUAUCAAAAUAUUCAAAAGAACCCGCCUCCAUUUAUCGUCGCUCACCCAUCGGAGACCAAUAUUCUGGAAUGGCAUUACAUCCUUACUGGUCCUCCAGGGACCCCUUAUGAGAAUGGACAAUACUGGGGAACCCUGAUGUUUCCACCAGAAUAUCCUUUUGCGCCCCCGGCCAUCCGCAUGCAUACCCCCAGCGGUCGAUUUCAGCCGUCCACUCGUCUCUGCCUCAGCAUCAGUGACUUUCACCCCAAAUCAUUCAAUCCCGCCUGGGAGGUUUCGACCAUUCUUAUCGGAUUAUUAUCAUUUAUGACUAGCGAAGAGAUGACAACAGGAAGCAAGCCGAACGCCGAGUGUUUGCCGCCCGGUCGCGGUGGUGGAACUCUACUGGGGGGAGGCUCGCAUGUCAGUGCUACCCCCGGAGUAACUCGCACAGCCAAAGGGAUCAAUAAUGUCAAAGCGGGAGAUGGGGGUUUGAAGUUCCGAACUGAGUGGCCCGAGCUGGAUGAGGAAAAUUGGGCCUGGUUGAAGGAACAUCGCAUUGAUACCAGUACCGGUCAAAUUCUCCCGGAUCCUAAUGCCCCCACUCGGUGUUCCCCAGAGACAAGUGCUCUACGUCGACGUCCAAAUGGGAGCGCCCCGGGAAUUGGAGCGGUAAUGGAGGGGGGCCAUGUGGCUCGGGAAGCCGGACAAGGAUGGGCACGGCGAAACCGUUUGUGGAUCGGGUUGGGAAUCCUUUUUGGGUAUGCAUUAAUCACUAGACUUGUGAGUGACAUGCAGGGAUAA